UUGGGGAGAGAGGGGGGGGAUAGGUGAUUACGUACGCCGUACGCCUCAUGUGUGGAUCAACAUCUCUCAAAGUUACAGCUACAGUUCUUGAAGAUCUUCAGUAUGAAUCGAAACGGUUGAAUAGUACAAUGAUGCUUAUCGUACUCUUGUUCUUCUGUGGCACGAUCAUUGCCAGUAAUGAUACUCUAUACAACAUAAUCCCAAGUGACGAGCGCAUAGAUUUAAAAGAACAGAAUGAAGAGGAUAGAUAUCUACAGAAUAGAACUCUGAAUGAACUCUUCAUGGAUGCUGUUCAUGCUUAUCUCGAGGAAGAUUGGGACUACUGUAUUGAAAACUUCAACGCAGUUUCUCAUAGAUAUAAAGUUUAUAAACGAAUGAUAAUAAACUGUAGGAAAAAAUGCCGUGUAUAUGCUGCUGGUACGGCACCAAUUUUUCCAGAAAACAUUGAAGAUUUGCAUUUUUAUGAGAAAAAAGUGAGAGAGACACUUUGUCUUCUAACGUGCAAUCAGGAAUAUCGUGAAAUCGCCGGUUCAAAGGCGCUCAAAAUGUUGUCACGUGAUAUCGAACAAAAAUUAGUGGAACGUCGUGUUUAUGAAUACUUGCAUAAUUGUUACUAUCAGAAAAAUCGAUAUCAAGAUGCUGCCAAUGCAUUGUUUACUUUCUUAGUUGUUCAUCCAGAUAACGAGAUAAACAUGAAUAUUUUUAAACGUUAUUUAACAUUACCAGAGGUGCAGACAGAAAAUGUAGUAAAUUUAGAAACACCAUUUUAUGUCAGUAUCUACUUUAAAGGAGUCUCAGCUUAUGAGAACGAAGAUUACGCAAAAGCUAUCAGUUUGUUCGAAACAUCGUUACAAUUGUACUUAGAAGAAGAGGAAGAAUGCAGAUUUUAUUGCGAAGGUCCUUUUGAUCAAGGCUGGCAUCCGGAAUUUACUUCCUCAAUCGCUAAUCAUUUUGCGUAUUGUUUGAAGUGCAAACGAGCUUGUUCACGUAUGUUAAACAAUGUAAAUGGCGAUUACCGCAGAGACAUACUUAGGAGUCACUAUGAUUAUUUACAAUUCUCUUAUUAUAAAUUGGGAAAAUUGAAGGCAGCUUGCGCCGCAGUAGAAAGUUUUUUACUUUUCGAUCCUGUAGAUACAAGAAUGCUACAAAACAGAAAAUACUAUAGUACUCAGCCAAAAGUAAAGGAAGAUUAUUUUUCUCCUAGACAGGAAAUCAUUAUGUACCUAAAAAGACAGGAAUAUGAAUUAAGUCUCUUGCAUUACAUUUCUAACGAAUUUUUAACUAUAGAUAAAAAAUUCAAAAAGAUAAAAGAAAAGAAGAAGCAGGAAAAAGAAAUAAACAAUACUAAAGUAAAAAAAUUAAAAAAGAAAUCAGAUGUUGAAGUAAUACGACAUCCAUCACCAGGCCAUUCGUUUUCUUACACGAAAUUAUUGAAUAAUCUUUCAAUGAAACGAAUUAAGGAUCACGAAAUAUUCAAUAUUCAAAAGCAACAUAGAAUUAAAAAUGAUAUUAAUACAAUAGCAAAAGAGGAAGAUCUUGGUGGAACAAAUCGCUACGUAACUGAUGGUUUUCUUAAUUCUAUCGAAUGUGAAUCUUUAAUGCAAUUUGCUUCUAUAACCACUAUAGAAGGAGAUGGUUAUACUGAAAAUAAAAGUCCACAUUCAAAAUACGAAAAAUUUGAAGGAAUAACUAUAGGAAGAGUUGCCUUGAUGGUUUAUAUCGGGAAAAUAGAACCAGAAUGGUUAGAAUUACUUUUAGAAAAGACCGAACAAGUCCGGGACAAUGUGGAUAGGUAUUUCGGAUUAGAUCAACACCUAUAUUUCACCUACACUCAUUUGGUCUGCCGUACAGCUCUACCUGAUUCGCCAGUAGAUCGAGAUGAUUUGAGUCAUCAAGUUCACGCAGACAAUUGUCUUUUAAAUAGUAAUAAUACUUGUCUUCGUGAAAGUCCAGCUUACAUUUGGAGAGAUUAUUCUGCGAUUUUAUAUCUAAAUGAUGAUUUCCAAGGUGGAGAAUUUUUUUUUGCUAAAGAUCGCACUAUUCGUGCAAUGGAUAACAUAGUUUCGCCACGUUGUGGACGAAUGGUAGCAUUUUCUGCCGGUGAAGAAAAUCUCCAUGGUGUUCGUGCUAUUUCACGAGGUAAAAGAUGUGCUUUGGCAUUAUGGUUCACUCAAAAUGAAAUAUACUUGGAAUAUGAAAGGAUAUUAGCUUUGGCAAUUUUAAAAAGAGUUAAACGAAUUGGUCCUUUUAAAGAAAAAGACAUUCAAAUACCUCUAAAAUAUGAAGAUACACUCGUUAAAUAUGUUCAUAAUGAUGAAUUAUUAAAAUAUUUUUUAAAAAAUUUUUAAUAAAAGAAAUAUAGUUAAAUAGUUGGAUGGUAGCUACAAUAUUUUAUUAUAAUUUUUAGAAGUUUUUCUAUGAAAAAAUAACAAUUUAAAGAAUAAUAUAUUUUUAUGCCUGAUAUUUAAAUUAGGGACCUGAAAAAAUGUAUUGUUAAUAAUUAAUGCAUUCGUUAUCACUGUAAAAAAAUAUUUUGAUUAUAUUAAUUUUACACAAUAUGAAAAAAAUUAAAAAAAAUUAAAAAUA